AAUGCCUCAUACACCUUUUCCAUAUGAUACUUACUCUAAACUAUAACAUAUAGAAUAAUAUAUACCUUUGUUUUGAAAAUUGACGACAGGAAGUCGUUCUACUUUGUCGCUUCAGUAAAUGUGACUGUUUUACAAGCAGCAGCUUCACCGUCUUCUGGCCACUCAACAAACAGAAAGCUGCAUCUGUACUAGUGCACAAUGGGGCUGUAAAGUGUGCGACGGUCGAGACUGGAGCAUCUUAACAGUAAUACAGAUUUUGUGUAUGGAUUUAAUGAUGAUGAAAAAGAAGAAAUUCAAGUUCAAGGUGGAUUUUGAGCUGGAAGAGCUCUCGUCAGUCCCCUUCGUCAACGGGGUCCUCUUUUGUAAAGUCAGGCUGUUGGACGGCGGCUUCUCUGAGGAGUCUUCUCGGGAGGCAGUGCAGGCCAACUGUGUUCGAUGGAGGAAGCGGUUCUCUUUUCCCUGUAAGAUGAGUGCCAGUGCAGGAACAGGUGUACUGGACCCCUGUGUGUGUCGUGUAUCUGUCAGAAAGGAGCUGAGGGGUGGGAAGGCAUAUGCAAAGCUUGGAUUUGCAGAUCUGAAUUUAGCAGAGUUUGCCGGCUCAGGGAAUACAACCCGCAGAUGUCUGCUGGAAGGCUAUGAUACCAAAAACACUCGCCAGGAUAACUCCAUUCUCAAGGUUAUCAUCAGUACACAGCUCAUGUCAGGGGACCCCUGUUUUAAAACGCCUCCCUCCACAGCCACAGUGAUUGGAAUCCAGGGUGAUGGAGAGAGCCUGCUGGAGGAGAGGAGGGGAGGAGACUCUCAGAAAAGCUGUUCUGCAGAGUCUCGAGAAGGGAGGUGUCCUGUUGUGUCUGAAGAGUUUGGCGGCUGUGGUCACUCCCGAACAUCCAGUUACGCCAGCCAACAGUCCAAACUCUCAGGCUACAGCACAGGUCACUCCCGUUCCUCGAGCAUGUCAGAGUUCAGCCACCGGAGAAACCAUUCAGUGGGCAGCGCCUCAACGGGCAUUGGCAGCAUCCCAGAGCCCAGUGAGGACCGAGAGUCCAGACCCUGUCCUGCUCUGCCUGAACACCCACUCCCCACCGCCACCACUAGCAACCCACAGGGCACACCGGUACGGAAUGCCUCAUCCUGUGAACGCCUCAAUAGACAUCCAGUGAAACAGGACUCCAUGGAGUCUCAGCUAAAGCGAAUGGACGACACGAGGGUGGAUGCUGACGACGUGGUUGAAAAGAUUCUCCAGAGUCAAGACUUCACACCCAGUCUCCUGGACUCCAGUGCUGAAGAGGAAGGGCUGCGGCUGUUUGUCGGGCCUGGGGGAAGCACAGCCCUUGGAAGCCAUCACCUUCCCACCAGGGUUGGUGCCGGAGCGUACGAGCAGGUGGUGAUAAAGCGUUAGACCUGCAACCUCUUAAGUGAUGGACUGACUGCUUGCAUCCAG